GAAUCUCUAUAAAGACUCCUUCUUGUGCUUUCUAUUCAAAAUCUCCUUUUUUUUCUAUUUUUCCAUUCCUCUCUCUCUCUUUCUCUACUCUUUGUAUACUCCAAAUCCAAAAAUCUUUUUGUGUUCUUUUUUCCCCCAUCACAUGAAAGUAUGGAGCUUGGAUUAACCUUAGGAGAUGCUAACACUGUUGCUACUACUACAACAACAACAACAACAACAACAACAUCUUUCUUGUCAAAGAAAAAUGUUUGUGAUGAUCAUGAGAAGAAAAAGGGUUUAGGUUUUUGCAUGGCUUUAGGAAUUAACUCAUCAUCAAGUGGUAAAAUACUCCAACAAGAUGAAGAAAAUGAAGAAGAAAAUACAUCUGAAGAAGGGACAAAUAAUGGUACAGUACCAGUUCAGCUUGAUCUUCUUCCUCUUGUUCCUGUUCCUACUCCUGCUCCUCCUCUUAAAUCGCUCCAUUGGUCCUCUGAUAAUGGGAGUUCUGAAAAUGGUUCUUCCGGGAACGGCGGGUUACCGGCGGCGAGGGGAUUCGACGUGAACCGGCUGCCGGCGGUGGGUAUGGAAGAAGUUACAUCGCCUAACAGUGUAGCGUCGUCGUUUCGUAUGGAAUUUGGGCUAUUCAAAAACUGUGUGAAUAUUAUCGGCGUCGGAAAUAAACGGAGCUCCGAUUCCGCCGGCGGGAACGACGGCGGCGACCCGGAAAGAGCAUCGUCAAGAGCAAGUGAUGAAGAUGAAAAUGGUGUUAAUACUCGGAAAAAGCUUAGGUUAUCCAAAGAACAAUCAGCUCAUCUCGAAGAAAGUUUCAAAGAACACCAUACUCUUAAUCCAAAGCAAAAGCUGGCACUUGCUAAACAGCUAAAUCUAAGGCAAAGACAAGUUGAAGUUUGGUUUCAGAAUAGAAGAGCAAGGACUAAGCUUAAGCAAACAGAAGUGGAUUGUGAGUACUUAAAAAGAUGCUGUGAGACACUGACUGAAGAAAACAGAAGACUACACAAAGAACUUCAAGAAUUGAGAGCUUUGAAAACUUCUAAUCCAUUUUACAUGCAACUUCCUGCCACCACCUUAACUAUGUGUCCUUCUUGUGAGAGGGUGGCUUCCACCACCACCUCCGCCCCAGCUGCCGCAGCUCCUCCCAUCAUAGCCACCGGAACCACCACUACCACCACCACUACCAAAGCCCCUAGUACCACUACUACCACCACAGCUACUAAUGACAAUAUUCCUAAAGCAAUUCCAUUUCUUAAUUCCAGACCAAGAUUUUUCCCAUUUACUACAACUACUACUAAUAAUAAUCCAAGUCAUUCCCAUCAAUCAGCAGCCUCUUGAUUGAAAAAAAAAAGUGAAUUUUAAUUUCUCUGAUGUAAAUAUACUGAUCAUUGGCUUUGGUUUUUUUCUACCUCGGAGAUCUUAGUAGGGGUUUUACUUGUUUUGUGUCCUUUUGGGAUUAUUGAUGGUUUUUUUUUUUUGUCUCAACAUAUUGAGACUGUUUUGGUUCACUUACAUGUGAACCAAAAAGAAAAGGAAAAGGUAUGAGAAAAAUGUUUGUAGUUGUACUAGGUUUAGAAGAAUUUCCCCUUAUUUUUUGUCUACAUGACUUAUGUUUCACUUAUAUAAUUUAUAUCUUGUUCUUGAAAA